AUGGCACUUCAAAGGCUGGUCGGAGACAACUUAAGCAAACUUGGAGAAAGCAUAGCUCAUUUCUCUGCUAAAUUUAGUGGUUAUUUAUCAGUGAUCUUCUCCAAGUUUGGUUGGUUCCUCUUCCAUGCAGUUCUAGUGGCUGGCCUAGUGUACCUCUUACUCUCAUCUCAACCUUCAUUCCCGUCGUCACAAUGCUUCCCAUCUUGGAUGUUAACCAGAGAGAGAACCAAUUCCCGCUCCCCAUUUUCCAAUAAUUUUAGAAGUCCCACCAAAAUUGGCCACAUUCUAUUUGGUAUAGCGGGUUCUUCUAAAACAUGGAGAAACAGGGGUCCAUAUAUCGAUCUUUGGUGGGAACCCAACAAAACCAGAGGCCAUGUAUGGUUAGACAGUCCCCCAACUAAGUAUCCAUGGCCAUCUUCUUCUCCUCCCUUUCGAAUUUCAGAAAAUACAGCAAUAUUCAAUGGCUACAAUAAGCAUGAGAUGCCGUUUGCGAUUCGAAUGGCUAGGGUUUUGCUAGAGAGUUUCAAUUUGGGUCUAAGUGAUGUGAGAUGGUUUGUUAUGGGGGAUGAUGAUACUGUAUUUUUUGUUGAUAAUUUAGUGAAGGUUUUAGCAAAGUAUGACCAUAACAAGUACUUUUAUAUUGGGGGAAAUUCAGAAAGUGUGGUGCAAAACAUGGCUCAUUCGUAUGACAUGGCCUUCGGCGGAGGGGGUUAUGCAGUGAGUUAUCCUUUGGCCAAGGCUUUGUCAAGGAUCUUUGAUGACUGUAUAAGAAGAUAUCAGACACUUUAUGGGAGUGACCAUAUCAUUCAGUCUUGUGUUGCAGAGGUUGGAGUUCGCCUGACAAAAGAGCCCGGGUUUCAUCAGAUUGAUCUAUUAGGAGAUAUAUACGGCCUUCUAUCAGCCCACCCGAUGUCCCCGUUGCUCUCACUUCACCACCUUGAUUAUAUAGCACCCAUAUUCCCAGGCAUGACAAGGAUUCAAGCCCUCAAAGUUCUCCUAAAGGCUUCGAAAGCCAAUCCCCCACAACUACUACAACAAUCCAUAUGCUAUCACAAAGAACAUAAUUGGUCUAUCUCAGUAUCAUGGGGCUACUCUGUUCAAAUUUACCAGAAGAUUUACCCCCCAGGUUUUCUUACCAUACCUUUACAAACCUUCAAGCCAUGGAGGAAAUCUGGGGUCCUUUCCUUCAUGUUCAAUACCAGGCCUCUCUCCACUGAUCCGUGUGAAAAACCCACUGUUUUCUUCUUUGAUUCUGUGAAACCAGUCAGUCCAUUUGUUAACCUCAUUGAGACGGUUUAUGUUGGGAGAGAGGAUCGAAGCAUUUCGGCCUGUAACUUGAAUCAGAGUUUGCCAAACAUAGUCGAUGAAGUCAGAAUUUUUUCCGAGUUGCAGGAUAUUAGAGUGGCUGGGAGUAGAAGACAGUGCUGUGAAGUUCUUCCCUCAUCAGGCAUGAAUGUCACUGAAAUAAGGAUAAGGGAAUGCUUGGAUGACGAAAAUGUUGCAUUCCCUUUAUUGUAAGCGAAAGAUGAAAGACGUUGAGUGGAUUAUCCCAAAAGUUAUGAGAGAGAAGGGAUCAAGCAUUUC